AUGAUCGGUCUUGCAGUGGGAGAUAUUGAUCAAAUUCAACGAUCUGCCACAAAUCAACUGAUUGCCCAACAAGUCUACUGGUUAGAUCAAGUGGAAUCCAAGCUACCACGGUGGCUGUAUAAGAAAGCGCAAGUAAAGCAAUGGAUUAUUCGACCACCCCUGACAUUCAAUAGAAGAAAACCCCACACAGAAGAACUGAAGGCUGCUUUUGCUAAACUAAAAAAGGAUUUCGCGCGAAUCAAACGCAUCAUGACGCACAUGGGAAGUGUCUUGGAUCAAACAGUUGAACAGACCGGGAUGGGAUCGUACGAAACACAACAGGAUGUUGGAAUUUACAGUGACGAUCCGGUGAUCAAAGAUUAA